UUUAAAACGCACCCACCUCCAAGCCCAACCAACAAAACUAGCCGUUAUACACCUCUCUUCCACUUUCUCUGUUUCUCUCAUGGCCAUUUCAGUGGAAUCUCCAGCUCCGACCCACCUCAGCAAGGAGUCAACAGGGUCAAUGGGUUCUUCUCCUCUGCUCACUCCCUCCUCUGACAAGCGCUUCUGGAGCACUCUCCGUAGCCGGGUCGAUGCGCUUUUGGAGGAAAGGAAAUGUGAGUUCUCGUCUGGUCAAACAGGGGUGAGUGUUGGGGAAUCGGACCGCGGUAAUCGGUUGAAGGAAGACUCUUUGCUUCUGCUUAGAGGGUUCGACUCCAUUUCCCAUUCUCUCUCACAGUUGACUAACAACCUGGAUAAUGCCCUUCAGGGUGCAAGAAGUCUAGCUAAACCACCCACAUUGACUGAUAUAUUCCAUUGCAAUCUCGAGAAGUCAAAGGGCAAUGAAGAGGUCUCAGAAAAAGAAGACGAUGAUGAAGAAAUCAAGAGAGGAUUGAAAAGGAAGCUUGAUGGAAAUGAAGGUUCUGAGGAUCAGGGAGGGAAUUCACAGAGGGAAAAUGAGCAAAGCCCAGGAGAAGGAAAGCUGAAGAAAGCCAAAAAUCUUGCUAUCUCCAUGGCAACAAAAGCAGCUUCACUUGCAAGAGAACUGAAAUCGAUAAAAUCGGAUUUGUGUUUUACGCAAGAGAGGUGUGCUCUGCUUGAGGAGGAGAACAGUAGGCUACGAGAUGGGUUUGUUAAAGGGAUGAGGCCUGAGGAAGAUGAUCUGGUGAGGCUUCAAUUGGAGGCACUGCUAGCUGAGAAAUCCAGAUUAGCAAAUGAGAAUGCAAAUCUGACUAGGGAAAACCAAUGCCUUCACCAGCUGGUGGAGUACCACCAACUCACCUCCCAGGAUCUUUCUGCUACAUACGAGCAGGUUAUCCAAGGAAUGUGCUUAGACUUUUCAUCUCCCCCUCCAUCCAUUCCAGAAGAGGCAAUCAGCAGGGAUGGAGAUAGUGAUGAUGCUAACAAUGGAGCUCCCGAAACACCUCCAACAAAAAUUUUUGGGCUCUCCACUGUUCUUGAUGAGUGCUAUGAUGAGAAAGAGCAGUGAAUAGAUCACUUGUGGGAAUUUCAUUCAAGUUUCUAUCUGCAGGUUUAGCUGAAUUUUGAAUUGAAUUUUGUUUAAAUGUAAAUUUUCCUAUGGAAUUUCUGGUAAUUGGCAUUCAUGCUCGAAUUGCUAUAUCAAUCAAUAAAUAAUCUAGCCCACUCCACAUUUUGCUGGGUUCCAUUUUUCUCA